UGGUUGCCGUCGACAGAGAGCGCCACAGGCCUUCCGUCACACAGAACAGUCAGCUGGCUCGCAACACCUUGGCGUAUUUCUACAGUGCUGUCAUUUCAUUUAUCCAGACACGAUGUCAUCCAACGAGGAAGUUGAAAUCAAAGGUGGACAUCCUCCGGCAAUGAAAGUUGCUGGUGUGCGGAUUCCUCAGAGACACAGGGGUCUAGACGAUAAAGAAGGAGCACAAGCAAAACAUCACAAAGACAGUGAAGAUGAUCAUGAGGAAGAGGAUAUGCCUGUUUCUAAGAGCCCUCCGAAGCCUCCAAUGAUGGUAUCUGGUGUUGUUGCAAAGGUGGACAAAGACUUCCCUACUGCUGCUGUGAAGCACACCCAUGAGAAGCCAGUGCCCACCCAUGAUUCUCGCCCCAGUCAUGCUGUCAAGCCUGGAGUGAUUCAGCAACCUAGGAAAUAGACAAAGAUUUUGGUCUCUAAUUAUCCUAGAGUCAAGUGGUAGCCCUGUAUUUUCAUGCUCUAGGUCCUCAAAGUGUGAAAGCCAUUGUCCACUUUUCCAUUCCAGUGUCCUUUUUUUCGUAUAGCUAAAGCCUUUAAUGCAGAACACACAUUGUUAAUAUGGCAACUAUCAAUUUUGAUAGGAGGUGAUUUUUUUUAUUUGGAAAUAAGUUUUCACUCUUCUAGUUUACUCCUCUGGCAUCAUCAUAGGUUCUUUUUAAGGAUUAAUAAUACAAAUUUCAAGUUGACAUCAAAUGUACAGAAAAAUGUGUGUGUAUGAUUGAUGCCUUAAAUUUGCUGCCAUUAUUCAUCUUGCCCUCCACCAAACUACUCGCUCAAGUGUUCAGGGUAACCAGCUACCAAGUGCUCAGAACAUUAUUAUUUUAUUUUUUAUUUAUUUUUUAUUUUUUUUCCAGGGAAAGAUGACUCGAGUAAUUGCCUCCCCCAGUUAUUAGUGUACCUGAUGACAACAGGUUACCCUAAGUGCACUCAGGCACUGUAAAAUCUAUAAGUGCAAAACCAUAACUUCUCAAGCAUAGCAGGUAAAAUUUGACAUGCGCAGUUGGUAGUUGUACAUAACUCUAAUGAAUGCAACUUAACCAGUACAAAUAUAUCAUGUAUUGAAAUGAAAAUGUAUUUAUAUAGCAUAGCUUUACUGAUUGCUUUAAAUUUAUAAAAUGGUGUUAACAGGAUAUUAUUACAACAUUGGUGCAAUUGUAAAUUUAACUGAAUACUGGAACUGUAAAAGCCUAGAGUAUCUUGAAUCAUUUAGUAAGGAAAGAUACAUUGUCUAAUUUAAUUGCUAAAAGGAAGUAUUCACCAAAACUAAAAUGAGGUGAUUUACAUUUAUUGGAUAUUUGUUUCUAAUAAUUUAAAUAUAUUUAGUAAGGUUGUUAGCUGCAUUGUGACAUUGAAUACAGGUUAGCCUAGACAAUACUGCAUAUGGUACUUAUUUGUAGAGAAGCACCAAUAUCCAAAUUAUCCAUGAAUCUGCCAUGUCAUAACCUGACCUGUGAAUGGCUGUGGUGACUAAACUAGUGUGUGUGUGUGUAUGUGCGCGUGUGUGUGUGUGUGUGGGGGUGCGUGCGCACACGUGCAUGUGCAGAGUUGUGAUAAUGGGGAAUUUAUUGCUAUUCCCAAGCUAAGUGCUUUCCACUUAUGAGGGAAGAAUUUUAUGUUUUAAGUCUUUUCAGUGAUUUUUCAUUUCAUCUUGGAGAGGAAAUGUAAGAUAUCAUAUUUCUCGUGUAGCUUUAUUUUUCAGAAAUCUGAGUUUGUAUUUAGUGUGGGUCUGGAAGCUUUAUGAUACUUAAUUCACAUAGGAAGUGUUACCCACUUCAUCUGGGAAGCCAAGUUUUAUGAUUAGUCUCCUCUAAGGAAAAAACAAUUGGUUUGUGCUAGCCGGAUGUUAAAUAUUUUGGGUGCCCUUUUUAUUAAUUUCACUCUUUGCUAAGAAGCUUUGUAUGACAUUUGAAUGAUCCAUUUGUAUCAUUCCUUUGUCUGCAUGUGUUAAUUUUUCUCCAGUAGUAUUGUUUGUUGUUUGGUGAGUACACUUUUAAAGGCUACCACCUAACACCCUGCUAGUAAUAUUCAACUCUGAAAGAACUUUGUGCUCAAACCUCAGAGUACUUUCAAGAGUGAAGUGUGAGUGCUCUUCAGUAUUAAGCACUUGGUAUAGUCUUAUUAACAGUAGUACUAUGAAGAAAUUUUCCCAUAUGGGAAUCAUUUUGUGUAGCCAUAUGAACUGGUAGUGGGUGCUAGAUUUUUCUGGUUUUAGAUUUUUUUAGUUAACCUUAAAAUCCAUUUAUGCUAAAAUUGUUUGCAUUUUUCUCUUCAGAAAAAAAUAAGAUUAUAAGCUUUGUUGGGAUAACUGGUUUUGGGUGUGAGCUUCUUUGUUUAAGUUCAUAUAACUUUGGUGUGCAAUUUACCUAGUCUAGCUUUAUUAAUUUAGCUAGUCAUUAGUUUGGAUUCCAGAUGCAAAGUUACAAGCAACAACAUCCUGGCAUGACAUUCCUCAUGUAAUUUUUCUUAUUUUUUUUUAUCGUAUUUUGAAGUCUCUUUAAAAGGCCAAGCUACAUGAUUACAGUUUUCAUUCCAGUUUAUUUUGUGUAGUUGCUACUUUUAACUUACAAAGGAUUUUUUAAACAUCUAAAUUCUUAACUUUCAUAAUGUGCAACUAACAUACAACAGCUACCUAGGUAAAUAAUUCAGUGAUUGUCAUUCUCAUGAGAAAAAAUAAAAUGUGAAUCUAG